CCCCGCCCGCUCGAGGCGGCUGAGGCACAACCAGACCCGGCUUCCUCGUGGUCCGGUCCGUGUCUGUCUCGGCACCGCGUCACUCUUCUCUGUCGCCAGCCCGAGCACGGCCCCUGGCACACUCAGCUCCCGUACCCAUCCGUUGAGUUGCCGCCAGGCCCUGGACUGACACCUCUCAAAGCCACAGCCCCGCCUCAGACCGCUCUCUGAACUUAGAUUUGUACAUCCAUCGGCCUUCUCAGCAUCUCCAUUGAGAAGUCUGGUGUACAAUAAAACAGUUCGACCAUUCUAUACAUUACUCAGUGCUCAUCAUGAUAUCUUCUGAACACCCAAUAUGGACACAGCCGUUGCCCUCAAGGAGAAGAAUACCUGCAAACAGGUGGCCCCGAUCAAGGAGGAAAUACGCAAGUAGCACAAAUGUCUAUGAAGGAAGUGGGUGAUGGCUUGCAGGAUCAGAUGAACUGCAUGAUGGGUGCGCUGCAAGAACUAAAGCUUCUUCAGGUGCAGGCAGCACUGGAACAGCUGGAGAUCUCUGGAGGGAGUCCUGCCCCAGGCUGCCCUGAAAGCCCCCGGACACAGCCCCAGGCCCCUGCCAGGCCCACGGCCUGCUCCUCCUCCAACCAACCUUUUGGCACGAAGUUUCCGUCCUGUAGGAGUGUCUGUGGGAGGGAUCUGGUCCCCCUGACCAGAGCACAGCUCCCAGAGCACCAAAGCUGUGCCCAGCAGGGACCAGAGCUGGCGGAACCGGAAGACUGGACCUCCACAUUGAUGUCCCGGGGCCGGAAUCGACAGCCUCUGGUCCUAGGUGACAAUGUUUUUGCGGACCUGGUGGGCAACUGGCUGGAUUUGCCGGAACUGGAGAAGGGUGGGGAGAAGGGGGAGGCGGGGGAGCCCAAGGGGGAGAAGGGCCAGCCCCGGGAGCUGGGCCGCAGGUUUGCCCUCACAGCAAACAUCUUUAGGAAGUUCCUGCGCAGCGUGAGGCCUGACCGAGACAGGCUGCUGAAGGAGAAACCGGGCUGGGUGACACCCACGGCCUCGGAGCCCAGAGCCGCCCGCUCACACAAGGUCAAGAAGCGGAGCCAUUCCAAGGGCUCUGGACACUUCCCCUUCCCAAGCACUGCCGAGCCCAGAAGGGGGGAAAGUCCUUCCACAAGCUGCCCCAAGGCCCUGGAACCCUCACCCUCUGGCUUUGAUAUUAACACAGCUGUUUGGGUCUGAAUCCUAGAGACAGAACGUUGACUGAACCCCAAAGGUCCAGGUCCCCAGUGCUGGGCCCUGGGAAGGAUGGGGGGAGGGGGGCGGGUGCUAUGGCUUUCAACAGCCUAACUCUGGGUUCCUUUUUCCCAGGAAGGAGGGAAAAGAAGCGAGAGUGUCUGGAGUAGGACUAACAGGCAUGUGGUUGGUAGAGGCUGUGGUGGGGGCUGGCUGGUGGGGAGGUGAGGGUUCCCGGACUGAAAGAGAGAUUGAGAGAGUGGUGCUCACCUUGGGGCUGCAGGUGAUGAGGGGCAGGAGACCAGGAAAUUCUUACAUUCCUUCACUGCCUCAACUAAACAUUCUGUAUGGAUUAGGGCACUGGGGCCUCAUGUUCCCCUAGAAAGGCCCCCAAUAAAGACCUUGGCUCCUGUGUCCCCAACCUUAUAACCGCUGGCAUCCCUGGCAAAGCACUGCUCCAGGCACAGGCAUGAAACCCAAGCCCUCCUGGGAUAGGGAUCAGCAGAGAGGAAACUUCCCCCUCCCACCUCUCCCUGUUGGCCUUCAAGAUUUCAGCCCAUACCUGGAUCGUGGGAAAUGGGCCUAAUAAGGAGUGUAUGUAUAAGGAGUACUCGAGGGAGCCCUAUGUCUUUUCAAAAGCACAGGCAAGAUAUCUGUAUAGCACUUUAAAGUUUGAAAGCCUUUUCAUAUCCCAUAUCCGUUAUCUCCUUUUGAGUAAGCAAGUAAGGCAGUUUAGCCCCCUUUUCCCGAUGAGGAAGCAAGCUUAGAUAUGCCACCUGCGGGCAGGUGGCAGAUCAGCGCAGGGCUGACCCAAGGGCUGCAGCAGGGCCCUGGAGGCACAGGAGCUACUUCCCCAACACCCCGCCUCCAGCACUGAAAGCCCCCCUCACCACCUCCCUCCCCCGCCCAGCUCCGGACGCAGGCACAGGGCGUUCACCAGCGAGGCCAAGGUGGGCCCAUAAGAAAUACGCCCCGUGUUUUAGAUUCCCAGCUCCACCCCACGAUCGGGCGGCUGGGGGAAGGGCGGCAACUCCGCUCCCUACUCAAGGCGCCUAAAGCUUUCCUGGAGCGGCGCACGUGGCUGUCCGCGCCCCCCCCCCCCCCCCACCCACCCCGGGGAGCUGCCGGCCCGCCCACGCCCGCGGGGACCGCCCGCUGCCUGGGAAAAGACAAUGUGGGUCCCUGUUUGGGCCGGCCCGCCCUGGAGGCACUCCCCCUCUCCCCGCCUCGCUCCUCCAGACUGAGCUCCUCUACGCUUGAUGGAGGGGAGGGGGGGGGUGACAGCUGCAAUUAGAGGCAAGACGCCUUCCCGCCCUCGGCGCAUUAACAAAUUGGAGAAGAAAAAUAACAAGAAAGGCUCUUCCUGCAUCCUGGAACCCCGGAGACCAAGCUGGAGGAGGAGGCUUAGCGCAGCAGCAGCACAGCGGGAAUCGGGGGGCGGUGAGGAUCGUGCUCAGAUCCCCACGCAAUCAAAUCGUAGAAGUUUUUGUUGGCGGAAGCUAGGAGGGGAAGAUGCUAAUUUCGUUCAUUUCUUUGAGCGCUCGCUAUCUGCCAGGCAGUGUGCACAACUUGUCUUUCAGACUUCAGAAUGACCCUAGAAAUGAUUGUCUUCCCAGUAAGUGGGUGGAAGCUCUUGGGGGUCACAUAGGCUGCCCAGAUUAAGCUUCUGGCUCAUGGAAGAAUCAGGAUUGUCUGGCCGCAAAAACGGCCUUUCGUACUCUCCCUGAAGUUUGCCAGUUGAGGCAGCGCUUUCUGGAGGAGCAAGGCCCUACCCAUCCUUUCAGUCUCCUCACAGAACUCUGAUAUUUCAGUCCUGGGGAAAGGCCUGUUGGCUGUGGCUGCCUUGGUGAUGGUGGUGCUGUGUGCAUAUGUUCUGUGUGGGUGGGUGUGUGUGUGUGUGGGUGGGUGUGGGUGUGGGUAAAGGCUCCUCCCACUGGGUGGUGGUGAAGUCACCAGCUCCCAGUCCGGAAUGAUUCCGCAGGAAGCCAAGUCCCCUCUUGGCCAUUCAUCUGUGACUCAUCUGUUUUGUGGACCAGUCAUAACAAUCCAGACCCAACUGAACAAAACUUUAGGAACAUCUCCUAAAGGCCGGGCAUCGGGACAGGAUCAAAACACAGCAAGGAAGAGGACCCGGUUCCUGGCUCAAGGGGUUCAGUAAGAAGAAACAACUCUUUACCCAUCAGUUAGCCAGAAGGGAUCCAAGGGAAUGAACUCAUUUUAACUGGGCCAGAACAAAACCAUUAGGAGUGACAUUUGCUGGCAACAGAAUCCCCAGGCCUGGGGCAACGCUAUCGCCAUCUUUGCGUUCGUUCAUUCAUGUUUCCUUCUCGCCUCACUCUGGAAGUGGCCGCUGUUGCUCUUAUUCUGCAUGGAGAGGCCCUGGGAAGUCAAGCAAUUUGCCCAAGGUCACAGCCACAGAGCUGGGAUUGAAACGGUCCCGAAGGACUUCCGGCCUUGUGCUGUUCACACUACCCCACAAAGUGUCCAUAUCUGCUCCAAAGCCAAGUCAAGAGCAACAACAGAACCUGUCCUCCCCAUAUUAUCCAUGCAUGGAUAAUAAAUGGAAUGCUUAUUGUCCA